AUGACUAUCUCUGGUGGCUAUAUCCCGAUUCACGCGAACUUUUCUGGCCCUUACGUCAACACUCACUGUCCAAACAACCCACACCACGUUCAUCACGGAACCGAGCCCUGCGACUGUGUGGACGCGCCCACAGCCCGACCCUCGUCUGGAAUGCCAGUCAACAGCGCCAAUGCGACGACCACACGAGCGCCAAGCAUGCACCUAUCCACUGGGGUCUCAACACCAAGCAAUACAACAGCAGCUGCUCCUUACCCAUCGAACACACUAUGUCCAGAGAAUGACGGAAGCACCAUCACUGACGACAAAGGGGCCAAUUAUCUUGUCACCUGCAACACGGCCUUCACCGGUAUUCAAAUGUCCAUUGCUAGCACCCUUCGACUCCGUCUGCGACAGAGUGGUGAUACAGCUAGCUCUUGCAUGGCUCUAUGCGACAAAGAAGACUCCUGCAGCGGUGCCAACGUGUAUGCGAACAAUACAUGCGAAUACUUCAGCGAGAUCGACAACUUUAUGGACUUCGCCGGCUCAAUUGCUCUGUACAAGAUAAGCGGUCCACCAGUGCAAGUCAGCAGCACGUCCGCCGCUACUUCGGGACUUCCAGUGAACUCGGCGAACAGUACCGGUCCCGUCACCUCAAGCGUGCGAGCGAACACGACUUCUGCCGCUGUGAUACCGUUGAAGAGCGUGUCUGGUGGUUACAUUCCUAUUCCGGCCAACUUCACGUUGCCCUAUUUCAAUCCUCACUGCCCGGGCAACAAGACCCACGUCCACCACGGAACAGGGCCUUGCGAUUGCGAUGAUGACGGCGAGCCAACUCCAGCGCCGAAACCGAUACCCAGCACAGGGUUCAUUGUAUCUGCGAAUACUACCACUCCCGUUCCUGGACCGACCGCCUACCCGGGAACGAUCUCGCACUCGAUGCCUGCACCACACACUGCUCCUCCGGCUAUCAACCUUACCAGUGUCUCGGGAGGCUACAUACCCGUCAAGGCCAAUUUUACUGGCAGCUAUCUGAAUACGCACUGCCCUGGAAACAAGACUCAUGUCCAUCAUGGCACCGAGCCCUGCGACUGUGGAGCUGACGAUCACGUUCCCACCGCGCACCCGAGCUUUGGCUUUCCUCGACCAAGCGCCAACGCUACCACUACCUCUUCGGCACCCAUCCAGACUUCGCAAUCCACAUCUGAGAGCAGCACUGUAUCGAUUGUCAGCUCGACCUCGACGUCGUCUUCAGUAGUCCCAACAAGCACCUAUCCACCAGUCUGCCCCGGCAACGAUGGCCAGUCUUUCACCGACGACUCCAGCGCUGAAUACACGGUACAUUGCGAUACUUCGUACACAGGAACCGUUAUUUCUCCCGCGCUUAGGCGACGAGCAGCUACAGAUUCGACUCAAGAGUGCAUGGCCGAAUGUGAUGGACUGGAGGCUUGCGUGGCCAUCACCUUUGCACCCGGUUCGUGCACGCUUUUCAGUGCCAUCAAUGGCACCUCUACGAGCCCAGGAGCGGUGGCGGCGUUGAAGACAGAUGCAGAGACUAUCAGCAGUUCGUCGAGCAGCACCCUUUCGACCUCAACGUCAUCUUCUACUCUACUGUCGACAUCUUCUACUCUCCUGUCGACAUCUAGCACUUCGACUUUCACGGUCAACCAAAGCACGACUUCAGCUCCGGUGGUUUCACUCACAAGCGUCUCUGGCGGCAUUGUACCUAUCGACCCACACUUCACGGGCAGUUACCUGAACACACUAUGCGCCAGCAACCACUCUCAUGUCCACCACGGCACGGAGCCCUGCGAUUGCGGAUUGGACCUGCCAACAGCCGGAUUUGGCCUUCCUCCGACUUCGUUGCCCGUCUUGGCUAGUUCGACCGAUGCGGCCGUAUCCACGAGUGUUGCUCCUACCGCAGCGGCACCAGUAACCACUUCGGCACCACUCAGCACGUCCUCAAGCAGCUCCAGCUUGUCUACUGCCCAAGCUACUACGUCGACAUCACUCAGCAUGUCUUCCAGCAGCUCCGGCUCGUCCACCGCACCAGUCAGCACAUCGACAUUCGUGUCGUCCGCAGUAAUCACUUCAGCGCCGGUGGUUCCAUUGACGAGCAUCUCUGGUGGAGUGGUGCCAAUUGAUCCGCACUUCACUGGUAGCUACUUGAACACCCUCUGUCCCGACAACCAUAGCCACGUACACCACGGCACAGAGCCCUGCGACUGUGGAUUGGAUCUUCCCUCGACGAGUGCUGUACACGCAGAAAGCACCACUCCCACUGUCGCGGCGAUCAGCACGACCUCUGGAAGUAGUGUUGCUUUGCAAAGCUCGACUGCUUCGCCGUCUAAAGAGACGACAUGUACUACAGAGUCGCACAGCUCUACUUCCUCAAAGGCGGCUGAGACGACUACUCAGAAGACAACUCAACAGGCGGCUGAAGCGACGAAUCAGAAGACGACUCAGGAGCCAGCUAGCACUUCGACCAAGAGCGCAGCCAAGACCACGAGCAGCAAGAGCGCGCCUACGGAAGCGCCGAAUCACGGUGGCUUUCCAUGGGGUCACAAGAAGCCAGACACUUCUGCGAAGCCCACUACUUCAAGCAAGAGUAGCGUCAAGCCAUCAACCAGCAGCGACAAGCCAACGACUAGCAGAAAAGCAGCUCCAGUCGGAUCUUCGCCAAAGCCUGCUCCAGCUCCUGAGUCGCCCACAGCGCAGGCACAUUCGUCGAGCACAUCGCACUCUACCUCUACCUCAAGCAUAUCAACAUCGAAGUCAUCGUCAUCGUCGUCUACGAGCACCUCUUCCGUCACGCCAAUACCCACUAUGCCCCCAGCUUGUCCCUCCUACGAUGGAAAAGUCUACAGCGACGCGAAGAGUCAGGAAUACAAUGUGGUCUGCGGCACAGCCUACUCGGGACGCACGAUUCCCGCGAAGCACAAGCGCGACUCACAUGUCUCUGACGCGGAUUGUAUGGCUUCGUGCGAUGCCAUCGAUGCUUGCGUUGCGAUAACACUCGUCUCCGGCCAAUGCUCGCUGUUUAGCGAAAUCUCUGGCUCGGCACCCGUGAGCGGAGCCACUGCCGCCAAGAGGGUGUCCAAGAUUGGUAGCUCGAAGAGCAGCAGCAGCAGCACUUCCUCUACUGUCUCAUCGACAUCUUCGACGGCUACCAUGGCACCUACCGUCUCUGCCUCGACAAGUGCUCAGCCUUCGUCCACCUUCUCGACAGUGACGAAGCAAUCCACGUCAACCAAAGCUCCGACACCAGCCAACACACCGGCUCCCGCCCAGGCUCCCCCGAAGCCUACCCAACCACAGGCAGCGCCGCCUAACCACGCCAACUGGUGGCAAUCCUGGUGGGGCGACAUGUCGCAUUGGUUCGGCGGCAAAAAGCCCGACAACAACAACAACAACAACAACGACAACAACAAGAAGCAGCCUCAAGGCCAAGCGCCGCCGCCGCCACCUCCUAGCUACGGCAGGUUUGGAUUUGGAUAUAAAGCGAAGGCGAAGGCGAAGGCGAGGAAGGAGUAG